AUGAAAUGUGUUAUGAACUGUAACAAGGAGGAAAAUUGGAAUCACUUAUUUGAAUGCCAAGCAUAUGAAUUGAUUUGGCAAAAAAUUUUGGAGAUUACAACAGAAGAAUCUAUAAUUAUAUGUUUAAAACAAAAGCAAAUUAAAUGCCAAAGUAAAGAUUUUAUUAUUAGAAAUGUAAUACAAGAUAUAUUAGGAGUUACAGCAAAAUCAGAAAAAUUCCAAAAGUUCCAACACUUGGCAUUGGAAGUGAAAGUUGAAACUUAUUUAACAACAAAAUUACAAAAAGACUUUAAAAUAACUCUUAAUGAGGCACAGAUACUUAUGGCCAAUAUUUUAAUAAGGUUCAUUUUAACAUUUAAAGAAUUAUUAUGGAAACUAAGAUGUGAACAAGUUAUUUUAUGGGAAAAAAGAAAAGGCAUUACUCGAACAGAUAAAAUUACUUCAGAACCCAAAAUAAAAAACAACUUAAAUCAACCUUCAGAUAAAGCAAAAGAUAUACAAACAAGAAAAGCAGAUCGAGUACAAAAGUCAAUUCCUAUAGUAAAAAAAUCAAUGGAUACCUUUAUAAAGAAAUACAUAUGUGAGGAUUGGAUCCCAAUAAAGAAGAAGUUUGAUAAGGUUACAUUAUACAUAAGCAAAAAAUUACUGGAGUAA